GUUAUCUAAUUUACAAUAUGGCAGCCCCCAUGAACUCAGUCUCAUGUCGCGAUUGACGAAUUGUUGUUAUCAUCCGAAAAGAACAGUUUCUACCAAAGCAAUAAACUGCUGCUUGGCGAGUCUUGAAGAAAAUUUUUCUAAUACAUGUAAAUAACACACAGGAAAAUAUGCAUCAGAUGCAGAACAAAGUUGUGAAAGAAUUCUUCACGUGUAUGUCAUGUGGCAUCAAAUUUUCCAAAUCCUGCUUUCUACAGUCGCAGAAAAGGGGCUACUCACAAAUACCAAAGUCAUCCAGAAAAUCAGAGAUUAGGAAAAAACUGAAUGCCCUGGAUAACCUGCCUAAAGCUGAGAGGGUGUAUGUGUGGGGCUGUGCCUCCACUGGGGCUCUGGGCAUCAGCUCUUAUCUUAGGCAUAAAGAGAAGAAACAGAAAUACCUGGCCCAGAUGAGCAGACCAGCAAGACUGCGAUUUCUACUGGAGAACAACUUAGUCGCCCGGUCCUUGGACUGUGGGUAUGGUUUUACAGUCUUCAUUCUACAAGGGCCUGAUGGGAAGAGGAAGUUGUAUGGUUGUGGAAUCAACACAGACUCUCAGCUGGGGUACCACAAAGGCACCACCAAAGCAGAUAGAGUGCUGGAUUACAUCAUAGAGCCGGUGCUGAUUCCUCUCCCCUUGGAGUGCCCCCAGUCUACAGAGGUGGUAGAUGUCUCCUGUGGGCGUGCCCACACGUUAGUCCUCACAGAUAAGGAAGGGGUUUUCAGUUUGGGACACAAUGCCUAUGGACAGUGUGGUAGAAAAAUAGUGGAAGGAGAAAUAUACAAAGGCAGCCAGGUGGUAAACAAGGUGACUGACUUACCUUCUGAUAUAGUAAAGGUUGUCUGUGGACAAGACCACUCUUUUUUCUUGACGAGCAGUGGACAGGUGUACAGUUGUGGUCUAGGAGCUGAUGGUCAAACAGGUUUACAACAUUACCACUGUGAGUGGCGGCCAUCUUUAGUGGGUGGAGACAUUGCUGGGGAGAGGAUCGUACAGCUAGCCAGUAAGGCGGACUGCGUGCUGGCGGUAUCGGAGCGAGGGGAUCUGUUCGGCUGGGGGAACUCAGAGUACGGACAGUUGUCCAUGAUUACAGAGGAGACACAGGUGUCCGUCCCCAGACACAUCCCACUCCACCACCCCGUUACCAAGGCAGCAGCGGCAGGGUCAAAGUGUGCCGUGCUGACAGAUAAUAAUGAGGUACUUGUAUGGGGAUUUGGAUCAUUAGGGCUGGGACCUAAUGUCCAGUCAUCCAGCACCCCCCAGGCAAUACCCCCCACGUUGUUUGGUCGGAACGAAUUAGCACCGGAAAAACUUGUCGUGGACGUUACUUGUGGCAUCAACCACUUUGCAGCCAGAACAAAUGAUUAUGAAAUGUUCGUAUGGGGAAAGAAUCAGAAAGGCUGCCUGGGAAUUUAUAUCGCGGAGAGAAUGGACCAGACAUACCCAUUCAGGGUGUCGGUUCCUGCUGAGAUCCUGCGAGUGUUUUGUGGGGUGGAUCACACAGUGGCCAUGUGCAGAGCAUUUUCUUGAUAGACACUGAUUCAGAAGUAACCACAUGUUCUUGUUUGUUGACAAUUUUGUUUGCAUGAUUUUAUUUGACAUUUUAAAUGAAGAAUAUAAACUUU